UGUGUGUGUGUGGUGAUGAUGUCAGCGAGCAUGCUGAGCCGGCCCACUCUCUCUCUUCCCCCCUUGCUCCUCAUCUCAUUCUCUGUACUGACUCAGUGGCAGCAGAGAAGCAGCUGUCCUCUCGUUUCUGGCUUUCUGUCCAUCUUUACUGGACUACCGGACUACCGGACUCCCGAGCAGGUUGUGAUUGAAGCCUGGUGCCUCAGCUUUAUGAUGUGAAUUGUCCGACCUGAGAACCUGUCAGAAGCUGCACAUCCCUAUCUCCUGCUCCUCCUCCUCCUCCUCCUCCUCCUCUCUAUCCUACCCUUUUUCCUUUUACCCUAUUGGUGGCAGAAGCCGUGGCCCAGCUUGACUCCGGUGCGGUGAGAGCUUCCAGACGCGGCACUUGGAGCUGAAUAAGUGAGAGAAGGGAGGGGGAGGUGAGCAAACCUGAGGACAAUCCUGUCUGCCUGAACACUCCAGCCAGGAUACCAGAGAAGAAACAGCAGAGAAGAGACAGGAGGAAACUGAAGCUGAGCCUGGCACAGUACAGACCAGAGGAUCUAGCGUUUAGUCUAUGGACCCCGGCCAGCGUUGAUGCUGUGAGGGGAGCGCAGCUCAGCUAAUCAUCUGUUCUCUUCAUCGGUCCUUUCUUUUAAAAUAAAACCCCUGGUCAGAAUAAAAGAGAGAGUAUGGAAGUCCUGCUGUGGAGUCUGCUCGUGCUGGCUCUGAUCGGUCCGUGCCAGAGCUACAGUGUCAGAAGCCUUCAGGACGGUUUCAAAAGAUUUGAGGAGGCGGCAUGGUCCGACCCAAAUGAAUGUUCCCAGGCCAGGAAGCCCCUGGUCCUGUCCAACUCCUAUAACUUUUCCUUGGACAUUCGCAUGCCAGGGGUUAUCCCAACAGUGUCUGAUUCUUACUACUGCAUGGCGGUUCCUGUACCCACGUCUAGAGAGGCCUACAUAGUGGACUUUGUGCCCCAUGCCUCCAUGGACACAGCCCACCACAUGCUCCUGUAUGGCUGCAGAACCCCAUACUCCACCAAAGGCUACUGGGACUGUGGGACCGAGCAGGGCACCUGUGAGGACGAGGCCAAAAUCAUGUACGCCUGGGCCAGGAAUGCCUCGCCCACCAAGCUCCCUAAAGAUGUUGGCUUUAGAGUUGGGGGAGAAACCAGGAUCACCUACUUUGUGCUGCAAAUCCACUAUGGUGACAUCAGUAACUUUAGAGAUCACCAUAGAGACUGCUCAGGACUUACUCUAACAAUGACUUCCAAACCACAACCCUUUAUAGCCGGCAUAUACCUGAUGAUGUCUGUGGACACCGUCAUCCUUCCAGGAAAGACAGUCACCAAUGCAGACAUUGCUUGCAAUUAUUUAUCAUUUCCGAUGUAUCCGUUUGCCUUCAGGACCCACACCCAUCACCUCGGUAAGGUUGUCAGUGGUUACAGAGUUCGGAAUGAUCAGUGGACACUAAUUGGGCGGCAGUCCCCACAGUUACCACAGGCCUUUUAUCCAGUCAGCAAUGCCAUCGAUGUGAGAUACGGAGACACGCUGGCCGCCCGCUGCGUUUUUACAGGAGAAGGAAAGACCACUAGGACACAGAUCGGUGGUACAGCCAAUGAUGAAAUGUGUAACUUCUACAUCAUGUACUACAUGGACAGCAAGCAUGCCGUACCUUACAUGGACUGCAUGGACCACGGGAGCAGUAACCUGUUCAAAAACAUCCCGGCUGAAGCCAACGUACCCAUUGCCGUCACCCCUGACCACAUGAUGUCCAUGAUGCACGGCUCAGCUCAUAAUGACGGCGACACAGAUACAGCUCUCCAGCAGCCGAAGAGGGAGGAGGAGGAGGUUCUGGAUCAGGGUGACUUCUAUUCCCUUCUGUCCAAACUUCUAGGGGAGAGGGAGGAUAUUGUCCAUGUGCAUAAGUAUAAUCCAGUGGAGGCUAAGGCGGAUCUGGUGGCUGAAAUCGAUAGCAUAAUGCAAAAGAAAGACUUGGGCUGGCCGGCUCCCAGGCUAGGCUACACUAACAGAGGUGGUGCAGUUCUGAUGAGGGACAGAAUGCAUAAGUUCCACCAGUUAGAAUCUACAGUCAGGCCUCCAGGGACCCAGCCUGUGCCUGCCAGACUGCCUGGCACAGUGGGUGCAAAGGCAAAUAAACAAGCCCAUCUGGUGGAGAUGACUGGCUGGCCGGAGGUUGGGCUGCAGCUGGGUCAGGUGUCUGGUCUGGCGUUGGACUCUGAUGAGAAUCUGGUUGUUUUCCACAGAGGAGACCACCGAUGGGGAGUCAACUCGUUUGACAAUGAUGCAAUAUACCAGCAGAAGUCUCUCGGUCCCAUUCAGCAGUCCACCAUCCUGGUAGUGGAUCCAGUAAAGGGCAAUGUCAUCAAAGCCUCAGGGAGAAACAUGUUUUAUUUGCCUCAUGGCAUCACAACCGAUAAGGACAAUAACUACUGGGUCACAGAUGUAGCUCUUCAUCAGGUGUUCAAACUGAGCAGCGAUGGGAAGGAGAAGCCACUGCUGGCUCUGGGAGAGGCUUUUGUGCCAGGCAGCGACAGGAACCAUUUUUGCCAACCCACUGACGUUGCCGUGGACCCGGACACUGGCAUGAUCUACGUGUCGGACGGCUACUGCAAUGCCAGGAUUCUUAAAUUCUCUCCUGAGGGCAAAUACCUGUUCCACUGGGGAGCAGGUUCAUUGGACCGGAGAAGGCGUGUGCCCUUCCACAUCCCUCACAGCCUGGCCUUCGCACCAGAUAAGCGGGAAUUGCUAGUGGCUGACCGUGAAAACGGCCGUGUGCAGUGCUUCAUGGCUGACACCGGCGAGUUUGUGAAGGAGAUAAAGAAGGACGAGUUUGGAGGAGAGGUGUUUGCCGUGUCCUAUUCUCCUGUACAUGGUGGCUUAGUCUACGUGGUGAACGGAGAAUCAGCAUAUGGCCAGUCGGCCCCCCUGCGAGGCUUCAUGGUCAAUUAUUCAACCAAGGAGAUCCUGGAUACGUUUGCACCAGAAACACAGAAAUUUAAAAUGCCUCACGACAUCGUGGUUACCAAGGACGGGAGUGUUUUUGUCGGUGACGCCGCUACAGACUCGGUUAUAAAGUUUGUUUCGUCGGAAAAGGCAGAGCACCGCUCAGUUAAAAAGGGAGGAAUCGAGGUGCAGGAAAUCGAAGAAACAGAGACGUUUGUGGCCAAGCUAAAGCCGGUCCACAAGCAGCCAUUGCAGUCUCCUGAAGCCGCUGUGCAGAAGAUCCCACAGAUUGAAGAGAAGGAGCCGACUCAUGUUCAACAGAUUAAAGCUCAGGACGAGAAAGAGAAAGAGAAAGAGAAGGAUGAUGGGAAGAGUGGGAAGUCUCAGGGUCCAUCUCCUGCAGUAAUCACCACUCUGCUACUGCUUCUUCCAUUGGUGCUCGUCAUUACCAUUGGUGUCUUCAUCCGCUGGAAGAAGAACAGGAUGUAUGGAGAUGGCCAUGAGGUAAAGCUGGAACCAUCAGGAUCAUCGGGAGGAAUCUUGGGUAAAAUCAGAGGCAAAGCUGCAGGGACGUUAAAUUUGGGAAAUUUCUUUGCAACCCACAAAGGUUACACACGGCAGGGCUUUGACCGUCUCAGCACGGAGGGCAGCGACCUGGAGAAGGACGACGAGGACGUCACCGACUCGGAGAACGAGGAGUACUCUGCCCCGCCUCCCCCCGUCUCCUCGUCCUAAUGACCAAAACCAGGCUUCGCCCCUUUCCCUCAGUGCUCGCACCCUGAAAAUGUACUGCAAUCAUAUAUGUAACUGUUUGCAUUGGCUGCCAGUAUAAUUAAUUUAUUUGUGCACAAUUUUUUUCCUUCUAGGAGACACAGCUGUCUUUAAUUUAUAACUAUAAGGGACUGUGUGGAGGAGCAAACACUGGUGCAUCUAAGCAAGAGACUAUAUAUGUAUUUUUAAGGGAGAGUAGGAAUAUGGUAGAUUGAACUUUUAAUUAUUAUUAAGAAACUUAAUAGUAUUUUGAAGUUUUUAGAUUACUGGUCCAGAUGUUUGAUCUUUUAUCUGUACAUUUGUGCCUUUUUGAUUCUGUAUUUUGCCUUCUGCAGCACCUAUAAUACUACAGAUGUGCCACUUUCUUCAACUCGCUGCUAUCAUCACCUGUAUUUUCAUUUUUGUUGUACCGCAUUACAUGAAAAGAGAAAAAAAAAAAGAGAAUUAUUAUGAUGUAUCUAAAUCUGUAUUUACUACAUUUUCCAAGCAGGAUGUAAAAUGUGUCUGAUAUUUGUUGUGACAUACUAAGGUUUUAUUGCAAGAAUACUAUUUUCAGUAACAAUGUUAUUUGUGUAAUAAAGUGUCCGCAAAGCAUCA